AUCUUGUGGAAUGAUUAUCUCUUUUUCAGAAGUGUAAAAAAGGGGAGGAAGAAAAAUGUGACUUGAUCUGCCUGUCUAUAUAGCCCGCCCAUCAUUGGCAGAUAACGGCAACAGAAGAGAAGAUGGCUACCAAGUCCCACCCAUUAAGAGCUCUUGUCUUGUUUGAAUCAUACAUCAGAAACAGUGUACGAAGCAGCCAUCCUCAGAACGCAACCCAGUUGAGGUUUCAGAAACAUGCCCUCGAUAGAUCACUACUUUCCAACAAAACAAUGAUUUUUCACUUGGAGGAUGCACUUUUGAAGUCGUCUUCGUUGUUUCCCUACUUCAUGCUCGUGGCAUUUCAAGCUGGAGGGUUGUUCAGAGCCUUGGCUCUGCUUCUUCUAUACCCUCUAGUUUUGAUGGCCGGGAAGGAGCUGGCAACGAAGAUCAUGGUUUUUGUGUGCUUUGUUGGUAUUAGAAAGCAUGAGUUUAAAAUUGGAAAUGCAGUUUUGCCCAAGUUCUUCUUGGAAGAUGUGGGGUGGGAAGGGUUUGAUGUAGUGAUGAGCUGUGAAAGGAGGAUAGCAGUCAGCGACCUGCCUAGUGUCAUGGUUGAAGGGUUUGUGAAAGAUUACUUGGGAAUUGAAGCAGUCUGUGGGAGGGGGUUAAAGGUGGUUAACGGGUAUUUUGUGGGUCUAAUGGAAGAAACAAAGGAAGACGGAGUUGUCAAUGAACUUUUCUUUGACAAGAAAACGACUUCUCGAGCCAUAGGAUUUGGAUGCUGCAACUGCAACAGCUCCCUUCAUCGUCGACUCUUUUCACAUUGCAAGGUCGGUAACACUAGGGAUGAGGUUUACUUGGUAACAGAAGCAGACAAAGGGAGUUGGAAGAUCCUUCCAAGAGCCAAAUAUCCAAAGCCACUGAUCUUCCAUGAUGGAAGGCUGGCCUUCAGGCCUACACCACUGGCCACCUUAGUCAUGUUCAUGUGGCUUCCGUUUGGAUUUGUCCUAUGCAUCAUGAGAUACGGCGCGGGCAAAUUACUGGCAUACAAGUUGCAGUCUUCUAUAACUGCCUGGCUUGGUAUUAAAACCACAACAUCAAAACUCUCAGAUACUUCAAGAGGACAAGGAAAGGCAGCAGGGGGCAAGCUCUAUGUAUGCAACCACAGGACUCUACUAGACCCAGUUUUUCUGUCAAUAGUUCUGAUGAAGCCUAUAACUGCAGUUACCUACAGCUUAAGUAAAUUCAGUGAGGUGAUUUCCCCAAUAAAGACAGUAAGAUUAACAAGAAAUCGGGAGAAAGAUAGGAAUACAAUGGAGAGGAUGCUGAGGAAAGGCAACCUUGUGGUUUGUCCUGAAGGAACUACAUGCAGGGAACCCUAUCUACUGAGGUUUAGUCCAUUAUUUGCAGAGAUAACUGAUGAGAUAGUGCCUAUUGCUAUUGAUGUGCAGGUUAGCAUGUUUUAUGGAUCAACAGCUAGUGGACACAAGGGUUUGGAUUCAGUGUUUCACUUGAUAAACCCAAAUCCCAGGUACUAUAUCAAGAUUCUUGAUAGGUUACCUAGUUCAUACACAUGUAGCAGUGGAGGAAAAUCAAGGGUUGAAGUUGCUAAUCAUGUUCAACAAGUGAUUGCUGAGGCUAAUGGUUUUCAGUGCACAAGUCUUACAAGGAAGGACAAGUACAAGAUCUUAGCAGGUAAUGAUGGGACUGUGUGAUUUUGAAAAAAGAUGGAACAAGUUGCAAAUAACACACCUUUUGUGCUCAAGAGAUGUAAUAACCUAUUCUCUAAGUU